GGAAGAGAAACCAAAAUUUGUAUCACAUCACAAAAGACUGACAAUGUAAUGUGAUCCUGAAAAUCGCAUUAAGGAGCGAAGGAUGGGUGUUGCAAUGAUUCUGCUUGUCCUGCUGCUGCACACCUGGCACACAAAUGUGAGCGCCUGCAACCAACAAAGUCACAGAGAUAACAGAGUUCCCUGCCCACCGGCUUGUGUAAACGGUUUCUGCAAUGGGCAUGGUUCCUGCACAUGCUCCACUGGAUACAUCGGUGCAGCUCCGCUAAAUCAGAUAUGCGAGCCUUUUUGUCCUGUAGGCUGCAUCAACAGCAAAUGCAUUGCGCCUGAUACCUGCUCAUGUGAUCCAGGUUACGCUAAGGAUCCUACUGUCAGUACUCGCUGUAUCCCUUCCUGCUCACCGCCUUGUUUAAACGGCGAAUGUGUGUCUCCAAACGUCUGCUCAUGUGAUUCUGGUUACACUGAGGAUCCUACUGGCAGGAAUCGCUGUAUCCCUUCCUGCUCACCGCCUUGUUUAAACGGCGAAUGUGUGUCUCCAAACGUCUGCUCAUGUGAUUCUGGUUACACUGAGGAUCCUACUGGCAGGAAUCGCUGUAUCCCUUCCUGCUCACCGCCUUGUUUAAACGGCGAAUGUGUGUCUCCAAACGUCUGCUCAUGUGAUUCUGGUUACACUGAGGAUCCUACUGGCAGGAAUCGCUGUAUCCCUUCCUGCUCACCGCCUUGUUUAAACGGCGAAUGUGUGUCUCCAAACGUCUGCUCAUGUGAUUCUGGUUACACUGAGGAUCCUACUGGCAGGAAUCGCUGUAUCCCUUCCUGCUCACCGCCUUGUUUAAACGGCGAAUGUGUGUCUCCAAACGUCUGCUCAUGUGAUUCUGGUUACACUGAGGAUCCUACUGGCAGGAAUCGCUGUAUCCCUUCCUGCUCACCGCCUUGUUUAAACGGCGAAUGUGUGUCUCCAAACGUCUGCUCAUGUGAUUCUGGUUACACUGAGGAUCCUACUGGGAGGACUCGCUGUGUCCCUUCCUCAUCACGUGUUUCAGUUGCAGAUUUCAACAUAUCUACCCAGUCACCCAUCACAGCAGCUGCCGUGAACACGCCAACCGUCAGCAUUCCUCUGUGGCUGAUCUUGGUGCUUACUGUAGCAGCUGCGGGUGCCCUCAUCGGCGGUUUGCUGUACUACCGCCACCGCAGGCGUCACACCGCACCACCGCUUGUCGCUGAAACGGAACUAGACGCCGAAUUUUCAUUACUCGACAGAACAAUUCAGUAUCAGAAGCCACACACGGAACCGCCACCACCUUACAAAGAAUGGGAACAGAAACCAAAAUUUGUAUCACAUCACAAAAGACUGACAAUGUAAUGUGAUCCUGAAAAUCGCAUUGUAAGUCGACAUAUCGUUAGUUGAGUAUCGAUUUCUCGUAUACUAAUAUGUUAUUAUGUUGAGACGUUAAUCGUUACUAAAAUAAGUACCAGUCGUUAUUUAGGCCAUGAAUUACAUGCUCUACGAUAUUUAGCCUGCCAUUUAUAAAUUGUAACAAGAGAGGUAUCAUGUAAGCGUUAUCCCCCCCCCCUCGGUUCACCAUCGUCUGCGCGUUUCGUGCCAUAAAGUGUGCCUCUUGCGCUUUUCACAGGCACUGCUACGGUCGCAUUUAAUUUCAGGAUCCAUGUGAUUAUGCACAACUAGAUUUAUUUAAUAAAAGCACCGUAGAUAUCUGAAUUCUAGGCUCCAGACACUCAAGAUGGCGACGACAUUGUGACUCGUCUUGUGCAACUGAACAUCGACCUGAUAUACGCAAAAACAAAUGUCGAAUAGUGGACGUGUAGGAUACGAUAGCGGACAUCGAUUUCGAGGUAUCGAUGUAUUAUUAUGUCGCAAAGCUUGGUUUAAGGCAAGGUAUCCAAACUACCGCCCACGGGCCACAGCCGGCCCGCGAAAGAAUUGUGCAGAAAUGCGCCAAUUGAACUAAUUUUCCAGUGAGUACUGGUAGAAAAAAUUCUUGAUCAUAGAUUUCAAAUGCAUUAAUUAAGACUGUGUUUAAAAUAUAUUGAUAUUCCAUAUUAUGUUAAUAUUAAUAUUAUUCACAAUUUUACUAAUUCUGGACC